AUGCCAAUGAAACUAAAAGGAAGCUGCCAAUGCGGACUCGUAGAAUUCACCUUGGAAUCACAUACUCCGGCCCCCUACCAACUCUGCGCAUGUUCUAUCUGUCGUAAAUGCGGAGGAUAUGGCGGGACUGUAAAUCUUGGUGGUAUAGCAUCUACACUGCAAAUUACCAAAGGCAAAGAAUACAUCAAGAAAUACAACGCCAUUAAAGAUCGUGGCAAAGCAACUGAAAAAAAAUGCACUUCUGAACGCAAUUUUUGUACGGAAUGUGCGUCGAUGCUUUGGUUGUGGGAUAAAACAUGGCCGGAGUUAAUUCAUCCGUUUGCGAGUGCAAUUGAUACCGAGUUGCCGGUUGUGGAGGAAAUGGUUUGUGUGAAGGGGGAUAGUAAACCGGAGUAUGUUAGAUGGCCGGAAGGGAAGAAAAAGGUGUAUGAUGGAUAUGGCGAUUUUAGUAUUGAAGAAUGGCACAAGGAGAAGGGGUUGUUUGUUGAGUGA